AUGGCUGAAAAAGUUCAGCCCGAUCUGCUGAUCCUUGCAGCUCCUGCGAUGUAUCAAGCCCCAGGGUGUAUCGCCAACUUUGCUGAAUGUAUCAAGCCCCAGACGAAGCAGGGGAAAUGCCAUGAGUUUGUCAGGAAGACAAAAGCGCCGUUUCCUCCGGGCCUUCAGCAGACAGAUUUCGACGAAGAUGAACACGAAGUAUAUGAACUAACCGAAGCAUGGCAUGCUGCUCCAGUAUUAACGAGCGAGAAGAUAUUGAACAGAAACUGCAGAACAGCUGCUGCAUGGGAGAGGCCUCAGGGGGAUGCACCGGAGCCUUUCUUCAGAAACUGGGCGAAAAAUCACGACGAAAUUCACGACGCUUUCACCAAGGCCGAGCGACAAGGCAUGGAAUUUGUUCGAUUCAAAAUACCCCCAGAAACACCCUCUGGCGACUUGUGCGUUUUGCUGCUGGGGGAGUUCGACGGGUCUGGCGACUUGUGCGUUUUGCUGCUAGGGGAGUUCGACGGGGAGUGGACCGAGCAGCUGCAGCGAGCUGACCCGCCGCUGCCUCCUCAGUCCUGGCUAUCGAAGAGCCGCAGCAAAAGCCCGCAGGGAAGAGCACCCAAAGGAGCUGCAAUCUUAAAGGGAGGCAGACAGUGGAUUUUCCCGGUGCGAGCGCCGGCAUUCCCCGGGAAUUUGACCCCCGUUGGUGUUCCUCUUCAUAUUCGUGACGAUGCAGUUGAGGCUUUUGCUGCUGUCUCGCUUGUGCUGCCAGCAGCAGAAGCAGCAGCAGCAGCAGCACCAGCAGCAGCAGCAGCAGCUGCAGCAGCAGAAGAUACUACGGAAAAUGCUGCAACACGAGCAACAGCAGCUACAGCAGGUGCAGCAGAAGCACGAGCAGCAGAAGCAACAAUAGGAACAGCAGCAGAAACAGCAACAGGAGAAUCACCAGCAGCAGCAGCAGCAGCAGCAGCAGCAGGACAGCAAGCAGCACCAGCAGCAGCAGCAGCAGCAGCAGCAGCAGAAGAUACUACGGAAAAUGCUGCAACACGAGCAACAGCAGCUACAGCAGGUGCAGCAGAAGCACGAGCAGCAGAAGCAACAAUAGGAACAGCAGCAGAAACAGCAACAGGAGAAUCACCAGCAGCAGCAGCAGCAGCAGCAGCAGCAGCAGCAGGAGGACAGCAAGUGCUGCUGCUAUCCCUGACAGCUUCUGGGUUUCUUAACGACGACCCCGUGUUCUUUAAUCCUUACACCCGUUUGCUGCUGCCGUCGAAGCAGCUGCAGCAGCAGCAGCAGCAGAUGCAGCAGCAGCAGGAGUGGGAGCAGCUAGGCUUUCAGCCUCUACCCAGUGCAACAAAGCCAGCAGCAGAUGUGCUGCUGUCUGUACACCCCAACCUCUCUGACCUUCCUGAGGGUUUUCUCUUCAUUCAGAUCGAGGGACACGGCCCUGAGUACAGCAGCAGCAGAAGCAGCAGCAGCAGCAGCAACAACAACAGCAGCAGCAGCAGCAGCUGCUGCUGCUGCUGCUGUGCAAACGGGGAGGGUUUUCUCUUCAUUCAGAUCGAGGGGCACAGCCCUGAGUACAGCAGCAGCAGAAGCAGCAGCAGCAGCAGCAGCAGCAGCAGCGGCGGCGGCAACAUAGUGCACGUAGCAACGAUUGCGACUGGGCCCAAGGGCGUGGAGCAGCAGCAGCAGCAGCUGCAGCAGCAGCAGCAGCAGCGGCGUCGGCGACAGCAGCAGCAGCAGCAGCAGCGGCAGCUGAGUCGUGUGCUGCUGCAGACAGAAGCAACAACAACAGCAGCAGCAGCAGCAGCUGCUGCUGCUGCUGCUGUGCAAACGGACAACAACAGCAGCAGCAGCAGCUGCUGCUGCUGCUGCUGCUGUGCAAACGGGGGCUUCUGUAUCGGCAGCUGCUACGCUGGCAGGCAGCCAGCACUCCCCUCAGGUGUAUGUACAGCUGAAUGA